AUGUGGACGGACGUGGCCAAGGGAGAGCACAGUAGGACCAGAGAGAAAGGUGGCUGGUUCAAGUAUGGCCUUCAGCGUAAAAGAUCGGAAGUUUACCCCACUUACCACACUCCUCUCUGGGCCGGCGACCUCUCCAACCCGGGCAACAUGGACAAGGCUCUGAAAUACCUGGAGGACAGCUGGAUCCUCACCUACCAGAAGACAGGCCAGCAGUGGGACUUCCCCAACGCCUGCCCCCUGCAGGACCUGCUCAUCAGAGGUCUGGCCAAGUCUCCUUCAGCCAGAGCCCAGGAAGUAGCUUUCCAGCUGGCCCAGAAUUGGAUCCGAACCAACUGUGACAUCUACUCCAAAAAGUCAGCCAAGUAUGAGAAGUAUGAUGUCAGCAACGGUGGACACCCAGGUGGUGGAGGGGAGUAUGAAGUUCAGGAGGGGUUUGGCUGGACCAAUGGUGUGGUCCUGAUGUUCCUGGACCGCUAUGGUGACCGGCUGAGCUCGGGGACCCACACAGCUUUCCUGGAGCCCCACUGCCUUGCAGCUGUCCUUCUCCUUACCCUCCUGCUCAGCCUCCUGCCUCAGUGACGGGUCUUCACUCCCUCAUCUGGCUCCAGCUCCUGCCAAUUAAACCUCCACAUGAGUC